CAUAACAAAGAAAGGUUUCAGAGAAGGAGUUUAGAAAAGUGAAGAUGAAGUUCGGAAAAGAACUGUCGUCACAAAUGGUACCGGAGUGGCAACAAGCUUACAUGAGCUACGACUAUCUCAAAAACCUUCUCAAAGAAAUCAUCAAACUCAAACACAGAACUAACCCUCCUCCACCACCACAUAAUGCCGUCUCCGGCGAAGGACUUAGCCGCAAAAUGACUCUAUACCGAGCUUUUAGUGGUCUUGUCCAAACGCCAGGAAAGAAAAGACAAAGGUCGGGGCAAACCAGCCCUUCUCAAAAAACUGACAUUGAAGAAGGUUAUGCUCCAAUACUAGUCAACAAAGGAGGUCAUGGCUUAGAAACUACUUUCUUGAUGACGGCAGAGGAAGGAGGAGAAUAUGAAUUGGUGUUUUUCCGGCGACUCGACGAUGAGUUUAAUAGAGUUGAGAAAUUCUAUAAAGAGAAAGUGGAAGAAGUAGUGAAUGAUGCGAUUAUGCUUAACAAGCAAAUGGAUGCUCUAAUUGCAUUCCGAGUUAAGGUUGAGAAUCCUGUUGGGUGGGGAUGGGAGGAGCGGACCGUGGAAAUGACUCGCUUGGCCUCCGACGUUGCCACUUCCACCGCUGCCCUCUCUGCGUCUACCCCCGCUAGAACUGGAACCAUGAAGCCUAGAGCUCAAGCUCGCUUGGAGGCUAUACAUGAAGGAGGCUCCAGCAGAGGUGACGAUGAUGAAGAUCACGGUGACGUGAGAAGCAGAAGCUUGAGCAAAAUGGCAGCUGGAAGGCCAGCCCCGAUCGAGGUUCUAGACCACAUAAAGAUCAACAACACUAAGGAAACGCCUAGGUCCACCAUUAAAGGCGUUCUCCAUUCUUCAAGCCAUGAAGAGAUCAUAUUCAAUAGGCAUAAUCUUAGGGAAGUCGAAGAGAAGCUCAAAGUAGCCUUCGUGGAAUUUUACCAGAAGCUUCGUCUCCUCAAGAGCUACAGCUUUCUGAAUGUGUUGGCGUUCUCCAAGAUUUUGAAGAAGUAUGAUAAGAUAACUUCAAGAAAAGCUUCCAAGCCUUACAUGAAAAUGGUUGAUAAUUCGUAUCUCGGAAGCUCAGAUGAGCUAAUGAAACUGAUACAACGUGUUGAGGCUACGUUCAUAAAGCAUUUCGCAAAUGGUAACAGAAGAAAAGGAAUGAGCAUUUUGAGACCUCAAAUAAAAAGAGAAAGACAUCGACUUACAUUCUCCACAGGUUUCUCUGCUGGAUGUGUGUUUUCUCUUAUAGUUGCUCUUGUCUCCAUCAUACGCGCCCGGAAUAUUUUUCAAAAGGACGGCUACGAAGGUUACAUGAAAACUAUGUUCCCUCUUUAUAGCUUGUUUGGGUUCAUUGUGCUUCACAUGACUAUGUAUGCUAUUGAUAUAUACUAUUGGAAGCGUUAUAGAGUAAACUAUGCAUUCAUAUUUGGGUUCAAGCAAGGAACUGAACUUGGUUACAGACAAGUUCUGUUUGUGGGAUUUAGCAUUGGAGCUUUUGCGUUGCUUUGUGUUCUUGGUAAUCUUGACAUGCAAGCAAACCCUAGAACCAAAAGUUUCCAAGCACUGACCGAACUUCUUCCUCUUUUCCUUCUUGGUGCUAUGUUUACAGUUUUAAUCUUGCCAUUAAACAUUCUCUACCGAUCGAGCCGCUUCUUCUUCCUCACGUGUCUGUUUCACUGCCUUGCUGCUCCUCUUUACAAGGUGACGUUACCCGAUUUCUUCUUAGGAGAUCAAUUAACUAGUCAAGUACAAGCUCUUCGAAGCAUCCAGUUUUAUAUAUGUUACUAUGGCUGGGGAGACUUCAAACAAAGGCAAGACACAUGCAAAGACUGGCAAGAAUACAAAAUUUUCUUAUACAUUGUUGCUGCAAUCCCAUAUCUAUCUCGCCUCCUUCAGUGCAUGCGACGAAUGUUUGAGGAAAAAAGCCUAGAGCAAGGAUACAACGGAGUCAAAUACUUGUUGACAAUAAUAGCGGUUUGUUUGAGAACAGCUUAUGGUUUUGAAACCAACAAGAAUCAUAAGUUUAUUCUCAAAGUAUUAGCUGGAUCUGCCUCAGUUCUUGCUGCUGUUUUCUGUACAUACUGGGACUUUGUCCAUGACUGGGGACUUCUGAAUAGAACCUCCAAAAACAGAUGGCUUCGAGAUAAACUUCUAGUCCCACACAAGAGAGUAUACUUCAUUGCAAUGAUUUUGAACGUUGUGUUGAGGUUCGCAUGGUUGCAAACAGUAUUAGAUUUUGAGUUUAAGUUUCUUCAUACUCAGACGGUGCUUGCGGUUGUGGCUUGUCUUGAGAUUAUUCGUCGUGGGAUAUGGAAUUUCUUCAGGCUAGAGAAUGAACAUUUGAAUAAUGUGGGGAAGUACCGAGCUUUCAAGUCAGUUCCACUACCGUUCAGCUACGACGAAGACGAUGAAAAAGACGAUUGACAUGUUAACAGAAGAACGUGAACAUUUGACCAAAAAAAAAAAAGAACGUGAACAUUUUCUUAUACAUGAAACGAAGUGUUUGUAACAAAAAUUAUUCAUUGUCUAAUACAAAUUGA